GAGUUUGAACGGCAUCAGUUCCAUCUCCAACCAACUCCAGACAUGAAGUCUAAUAUUUCUCUGCUCAUUGCUGCCUUGGUUUGCUUCACCGCAAUCCAGGCAGCGCCACACUCCACCAGAAACCUGCAUAAGCGUCAGACAACGACUCCUGUCAAAUCUGAAGUGACUGUCGCUUCUGCGCCAGCCAAAAUUGAAACUCCGGUAACUGUAGUGGCUCCUUCAACGAAAAUUGAAGACAAGGCUGUUGUCGCUACACCUUCGCUUACCAUCACCGCUGCGCCAGCCGUUGUUCCCGCUGUUGUCCUUCCUGCCGUCAUCCAGGUGACUCCCGUUCCAGCUGCUCCAGUUGUUGCUCCCACCGCUGUCGUUCCAGUGGCAACCCCAACCGUCGCAGUUGUGACUCCAGUUGUUGCUGCUGCUGCUGUUUCUGCCCCAGUUGUUGUUUCAGCAGUGGCUCCAGUCGCUGUUGUUGCUGCAGCUGUACCAUCCGCUGCUCCUGCCGUUGUCUCUACUCCCGUUGAUCCUGAGGCUGAACCAGUGGAAGUGGCUGAAGUCGAACCAGUUGAAGAAGUCGAGCCGGUGGAAGCUGAGCCGGUGGAAGCCGAGCCGGUGGAAGCUGAGCCAGUCGAAGCCGAGCCAGUUGAAGCUGAGCCGGUGGAAGUUGCUGAAAACGAAGUCGCCGAGGUGGAACCUGCAACAGGAGCUGCAAGGAGAAAGCGUCAGGCCGCCAAGGCAGCUGUCGCUGCCCCUGUUGUUGCUACCCCAGUUGUUGCUACCCCAGUUGCUGCUACCCCAGUUGCUGCCACCCCAGUUGUUGCUGCUGUUGCUCCCGCUGCUGCAGUUCCUGUUGCAGCCCCAGCCGUUGUCUCUACUCCCGUUGAUCCUGAGGCCGAACCAUUGGAAGUGGCUGAAGUCGAACCAGUUGAAGAAGUCGAGCCAGUGGAAGCCGAGCCGGUCGAGGCUGAACCAGUGGAAGCCGAGCCAGUGGAAGCUGAGCCAGUGGAAGCUGAGCCGGUAGAAGCGGAAGCAGCUGAAGCCGAACCCGCAGGAGAAGCUGAAGCCAAGGCAAAAGCCGCAAGGAGAAAGCGUCAAGCCACCACCGCAGCUGUCGCCGCCCCUGCCGUUGCUACACCAGUUGCUGCUGCCGCUCCAGCUGUAGCCGCAGUGAAUCCAUUCGAGUCACCCAAGGACACCCUGGAAGUGACUCAGGCUAAAGCCGCUCAUUUCGCCGCUCACGCUCAAGCCAAAGCCGCUCAAUUGGCCGCAGUUGCUCCGGCCGCUGCUCCCGUUGCCGUUCCUGCGGCUGCUCCAGCCGUUUUGGCCGGGGAGGAAGUUGAGCCCGUAGAACAGGAACCCAUCGAAGAAGUUGAACCAGUCGAGGCAGCAGAACAGGCCGAAGUGGAAGCCGCCGAACCAGCAGAGGCAGCCGAAGCUGAAGCUGAAGCUGGAGCAGAAGCGGAAGCAGCUGAAGCUGAAGCGGCUGAGCCUGCUGAAGCAGAGGCCGGAGCUGCAAGGAGAAAGCGUCAAACCGUCACCGCUGAAGCAUCCGCCGGAACAUCCGCCACCGCAGGAACCAAUGCCGCUGCUGAUGCCACCGCCGCUGUCGCCACCCCGGCCGUCGCUUCUACCCCAGUAGUUGCUGAUGCCCCAGCUGCCGCUACUCCAGUUGCUGCUGCCGCUCCGGCUGUAGCCGCAGUGAAUCCAUUCGAGCCACCCAAGGACACCCCGGAAGUGACUCAGGCUAAAGCCGCUCAUUUCGCCGCUCACGCUCAAGCCAAAGCCGCUCAAUUGGCCGCAGUUGCACCAGCCGUCGCUCCAGUUGCCGCUCCAGCCGUUGUGGCCGGAGAGGAAGUCGAACCGGUGGAACAGGAACCCAUUGAAGAAGUCGAACCAGCCGAGGCAGCAGAACAGGCCGAAGUGGAAGCCGCCGAACCGGCAGAGGCAGCAGAAGCUGCCGAAGCUGCCGAAGCUGCUGAAGCUGAAGCCGCUGAAGCCGCCGAAGUUGAGGCCGCAGAAGCCGGUGGUGCCGCAAGACGGAAGUAGCCCCAUAAUUUUCUAAUAAUUAAUGACCCGAGUUUGAUAUCUCUCCAAUCUGUUUAGACUUAUGGUACAUAAUUAGUCGCCUGGCAAAAUGUUAAUUGAAGGAAAUUUUAUUUUUCAAUUUUUUUGUUUUUCGAACGAAGGUGAAUCAGUUUCCACUGGGGAAUGUGCACAUUUUGAUUGUAUAUUUUAGUUUCUCUUUCUCAUCUGUUAUUGCCCAUUUUCUUCAAUCACGAAAAAACAGAACAAUAAAAAAUGGAAUACAAUUUUGUUUAAUCACAAAA